AACGAAGGAACAGGUAGCACCGGUUAUAUCAGCCCGGAAAUUAAGCAGCUGUAAAUACCCGGUGGUUGCGGUGCGGCCCACAGUCAGGUCCUGCGUACAGUUACCUGAAACAAGCGAGAGGGAGCCCCUCCCCGAAAAGGUGGCCCGUCCUUUCUCCCACCAGGAGUGCCGUCUGCGACACAUUCAGUGCUGUAGGCAUGAGCCCAGCGAUACAUGUUAACAUGAACAGGAAAAAUCUGCUACAGAAUUUGUUCAGCAUGGUCCUCAUCCAGCAGAUAACGUGUAAACCCUCUGAGAUGAACAUCAGCAUUAAAGAGGAGUGUGAAGAGGGCAUCAAGGUGGCCACAAUUGCCCACAACUUCACACCUCCAUACGAGGUCCUCAGACUGGAAAAGUAUCUGAGACUGGACAGUGAUACAGGUGAUUUGUACACGACCAUGCACAGGAUGGACCGGGAGUCCCUGUGCGCUGAGCAGUUUGGAGACUGCCUGAUUGAGCAUUUCAUCAUCAUGCACCCUGAGCAUGAUGCUAUCAAGGUUAAUGUGGUGUUGGAGGACAUCAAUGACAAUGCACCCUGCUUCCACAAAAGUGAGAUUCACCUUAGCAUUUCAGAAGAUGUUAAUGUGGGAACCAGUUUCCCCUUGGAUGACCAGGCUUGGGAUAAGGACGUGGGCAUCAAUGGAAAAGUCCAAUAUUCUUUGGAUACUUUCAGCAGCUUCUUCAGAGUUGAAGAGGAGGGCCCAUCACCAGUUGUGGUUGUGCAAGGCCAGUUAGACCGAGAAACCCAGAGCAUCCAUCGUAUGAUCCUUGUUGCCACUGACUAUGGAUUCCCACCACAGACUGGAACCACCACUUUAGUUGUGGAAGUGAUGGACAUCAAUGACAAUUGCCCAACGUUUCCCCCUCACACCCCUCAGACUGCUACCAUUCAGGAAAACUCACCCAGGGGCACAGUGGUCACGCAAGUCAAAGCAAUCGAUCCCGAUCUCGGCCUCAGUGCUGUAAUCAGGUAUUCCUACGGCCCAAAGACUUCCAGAAGGUCGCAGGUACUGUUUGACCUUGACCAGGACACUGGCCAGAUCACUUUGUCCAGCAGCAUUAAGAGUGAUGAUUCCUCUGAGCAUUUGCUGAAAGUCCUGGCAUCAGGUCCACUCUGCACCCCUGCAGCUACUGAAGUAACUGUAUCAAUUCUGAGAGUGGUUAGCCAGCAGCCAGUAAUCAAUAUCAAGUUAAUAGCAGAGCACUCAAACCACACUAUCUUGUUAAAGGAGAACAAGCCCUCCACAAUUCUGGCCGUUUUAGAACUGAGUGAAUCGUUUACAGGCACCCUAUGUAUUGAUGGUGAAGUGCCGUUUUUAUUAAAACCACAAGAUGGAAGAUACCAUUUGUUUUCAUCAAAGCCACUUGACUUUGAGCAGAAAAGUAUAUAUUAUGUCUCCAUAUCUGUGAACAGUACUCCCAUCACUAAUCACAAAAUAAUUAUUCCAGUCCAGGUUGAAGAUGUUAAUGAUAAUGUCCCUCAGUUCCACCAAGUCGUGUAUGAAGUGGAUGUUUCUGAGAAUAAUGUGCCUGAAGUUUUUCUCGUGCAGGUGGCAGCAACUGAUGCAGACAGUCUACAGAAUGGCAAAGUGGUUUACAGCCUAAGGCCUGAUGUCAAUGCCCUCUUCAGAAUCAUCAACACAACAGGGCAGUUAUUUUUGAAGGCUUCCUUGGAUAGAGAACAACAGGAUUUUCAUAGAAUCACUGUGGUGGCCGGGGACAGUGGCUCUCCAGCAUUAGAAGCCACUGCCACAGUGAUUGUCCAUGUCCUGGACCAGAAUGACAACAAGCCCAUUUUCCUCAACCCCAGCUUCACCUUUUUUAUCCCAGAGAACUUCCCCCUUCAGGGCCGUGUGGGUUUGCUGGGGGUCAAGGAUGCAGACAAAGCAGAAAACGGGCAGGUGGAGAUGCAGAUGCUGAAUGGCAGCAGCCCAUUCGUGGUGGACAGCAGCCAGAGUAUAAUGCGUUGUGCAGCUGAGCUAGACCGUGAGAAACAAGACCGUUAUGAGCUAUGGGUUCUAGCCAGGGAUCGAGGCCAGCCCUCCUUAUCCUCCACUGCCAAGGUCACUGUCUUCAUUGAGGACGUCAAUGACAAUCAGCCCCACAUAAUCCUUCCCAGCAGCAAUUUUUCUUGUCUGACAGUGUUGCCAGAUGCAGCUUUGGGCUCCACCGUUACCAGAAUAUUCGCUAUUGACAAGGACUCUGGGAUAAACUCAGAUAUCAGCUAUCACAUUGGAGCCUGCGAACCACCAGGCUGCAGCCCAUUCCAGAUAGACGCCUACUCAGGGAACAUCACUCUGGCUCAGCAACUGCUGCUGAAGGAUUAUGGGAUACACCGCCUCCUCAUAGUAGUCAGGGAUAGUGGCAGGCCUGUUCCACUGCAGUCCGCCGUAUGGGUCAACCUACUUGUUAACACGUCACUGGAGCCCUGUCAUGUUAACGACAUCCCCAAAUCUAUCCCACGAAUCGCCAUAACAGCAAACUCCUGUAAGACUGAUGAAGCCAGUGCCAACCAGUCACGGCUGGUUUUUAUGGUAGGUCUGUGUAUGAUGGCAUGUUCUUUCUUUAUGUUUUUGGGAACGGGGAUAGCAUGCAUAAAACAGAGGAGCGAAAGAGAAAAACGAAAACAAUAUGACAAAGAAAUUCCAUUGAAAUUAAUGGAGGACUGUCACAAUGAUAACUGGAUUCAUUAACAGUGAAGGGGGGGUGAGAUUAUAUACAUAUUGCUCGUAUUUAAAGCUGUAUUUUAUACAUUUUAAUCUGUGUCUACUCAGGCUUUGCCCUAAUGCAAGCUGCUCAACCAAUGCAUCAUUUGUAACACAAAAAUGUACAUUAUGACAUUGUCAUUAAAACAGUCAAUGUUUCUGUAAAA